AUGGAGGAUCCCUGUGGGAUCGUGCCAUUUCGAGAUAAUCGCGUGGCGUCAAGAAAGGCGGAAGAAGCAGGUGAGUGUUUUACGUGUUCCUGCACCGAAUCCCGUUCCAGAUGGUUUUCCUUCAUCCUGGUUCUUCUUGUUUCGUCGGCUGGGUUUCUUCGGUGGAUAUUUUGGGUGUUCAUCAACUUCUUGUUCAAGGGUUUUGCAUCCUCGGCUCACAUUUCGCAUUCCUGGCCUUGACGAUCAAAUACAUGUCCCUUUUACACCAGCCGACCCAUUUUUCUGCGAUUUUUUUCAGAAGUUAUUCAAUUUUCAAGUAUUUCAAUCCAGAUUUUUCCUUUCUUCUCCCUUUUAUUAUCACCCCUGAUGGGUUUAUCUUUUUCGAUACCGCGUUGGUCUGCUUGCUACAGGAUUGAGGCGUUACCGAGCAGCAGGAUGGCUCGAAAGCAUGGUUGGCCCUCUCGAGAUACCCCCACAACCCUCAGAGGCGGAAUUUGUCUCUCGCUUGAGGAACGGUCUGGUCCUUUGCAACCUGAUUAAUAAGAUCCAACCGGGAGCCGUUCCCAGGGUAAUUCUUACCACAAACAGUAUGUUUUUUUUUCCUUGUUUCUCUUUCGAAAUUCUCACCUCGCCUUCACCUCGUGCUGGAAGGUUAUCAACAACCAUUCACACAGGCUAACCCUCGAAGCCCAACCACCGCCUGCGUACCAGUACUUUGAGAACAUACGCAAUUUUCUAGUCGCCGUAGGAGAGCUGAAGCUGCCAGCCUUUGAAGCUUCAGACCUCGAAAGGGUAAUCUCUCGUGACGAAGAGCCAGAUGAAUCAUAUGAAUUCUUCGUCUCAAUAUCGAUAAUGUCAUAUGCAUUCAUUUCAGGAUACUUUAGAGUCCGGCUCGACCAGUAAGAUAGUUGAUUGCAUUCUGUCCCUCAAAUCCUUCCACGAAUGGAAAAUGUACAGCGGUGGAAAUGGGUCUUGCAAAUUUCCCAAAUCCCCAGUUGUUCUAAAUUCGUCCGGCAAAUUUUUUUCCCACGUUACUUCCUCAAGGUCUGAGCUCUGCGGACGUCUGGGCAUGCCCACUGGUUCCAAGAACCAGGAGACAAACAACGAAGGUGACUAAUAUUUAUCCCAGAAUAUCCAUGCGUUGCUCCUCUGUCUAUGUAUGUAAUACCCGGUUCUGUUUGUUGAUCACUUCUCGUUCCUCUCCUAGCUCUGCUCAUCAAAACGCUUUGCGAGCGGGUUUUCUCUUCAAAAGAGAACAUAGAUCAAAAUAUCCUGUCUUCGUUGCUCAGUGGAGUAUCAGUAAGAUUCUGUAUCCGAUUCCAGUAUCUGGUAAAGAUUUAUCUAGCUAGAUAUAAUGGGUCUUCCCCCAUUCGCUGAAAUAAUGUCCAGUAGUCUACAGGGACAUGAGGUGGUCAUCCCAUACUUCAUGGACAUUUUCUUUUGCAUAAUCACUGUCUAUUUUUUCUUCUUCAUUACUAGACACUAUCUAAAGAGAAUAUAAAUACCGCUAUUUGCAUGAACAAGGUCAACUUUUGUACUGAAUUAUCCUCGUUGAAUCAAGGAUAUUUCGAAUAUUACAAGCUGUUCACAUUUUUGUGUAGCUGAAACGGGAUCAGUCGUUGGAGGAAAAUAUCACAAUCGAAAAACUAUCCAAGGUAUGGACUUGAUUUUCUCUAUCUACUUCUGAACCCAAGAACAAUUCCGUUAGGUUCUGCCAAAAUGUCUCUUCAUACAGUUAUUGGUUUUUUAAUGAUAUAAUUACGUGAUCUAUUGUCUUCACAGCUUCCUAUUUUUUUACUUUCUCUUGCUUUUUUAAAAAAAUAAUCUGAUCUGGGUCUUUUUUUCCAGCAUUGUAGCUGGUGUUUAGGAAAUGUCAACUGCAACCACGGGCAGAUCCUGGAGGCCCAGGAGAAAGAACUGGGGGUAGAUAUUUUCUGAAUCGCAUCGCCCCAGAACAUUGGAGAUUCUUCAUUGGAGAUUGAGUCGUCUGUCACAUUUUUGACGUGUUGCAGGGUAUGAAGGUCCUGCUAUCCAAGAUGAGAACGGAUGUUUUAUCCUUCCACUCUCAACUGCAGAGUGAUUUAACUCAAUUAGGUACGUGUUGUGGUGUAUGUUUCUCUUUGCAUUUUCUCGUCCAAGUCAAAAUACUAGAAUGCGAAAAAGAAAGAGAGUUUCUCAGGUUGAUUAUUGCAGAAAAAUCACACUCGAUGAUGCUGGAUGAGGAGGGCUGUUCUCUCUCUCUCUCUCUCUCUCUCUCUCUCUCUCUCUCUCUCUCUCUCCUUCCUCAUUUUAUGAGCUUGCUAAAUGUGCAACCUACUGCCAAAUCUAAAAGAAAUCUCUGUCGAAAUAUUCUGGAUAAGUCACCGACGAUCUUGGUCGGACUCGAUUUUCCAUGGAACCUGAUCUUGAUCAUUAGAAAUUUAUUUCUACUUUCGGUGAGAGGGUCAACGCAUGUAGGCUCAUAGUUAUCAUAAUCAUUCAGGAAGCCAGGUUCAGGGGCUUUCAGUCUCUGCUCUUGGGUACAGUCGAGCCAUGAAAGAAAACAGGAGCCUGUACAACAUGCUCCAAGAUCUGAAAGGUCCGUCUUCUCUUCUCAGACACUGACCCGACCAAAGAAAGACAGGAGGGGAGAGAGGAUCCUGAUCAAGAUCCUUCUCUUUCAGGGAGUAUACGCGUGUACUGCAGAAUAAGACCAGGUUUUGACUCUGAGGUUGAGUCCUCAAUCGAGUUCACUGGAGACGAUGGGUCGCUGAGGAUUGCAGACCCAUCAAAGCCCAAGGAUCCACAGAAGAUCUUCCAAUUCAACAAGGUUUUCCCAGGAACAGCCACCCAGGGUAAGAUCUCUAGUCGUGGAAUUGAUGAGAGAUAUGAUGCGAGUGGGUUUCCUGACAGAGCUUUGAAUGAAUCACGUAGAGGAAGUAUACAGGGAUACCCAGCCUCUGAUUCGAUCUGUGAUGGAUGGAUACAAUGUCUGCAUCUUUGCCUACGGUCAGACGGGCUCUGGGAAGACACACACGAUGGUACGAUGAUCCUGCUAGCCUUACCAUCUCUAUAAAUAAUUCAUUUCAGAUCCAGUGAUCGAAUCAGAGUCUGCCUUGUUCAUCUCAGUUUGGGCGAUCCGAUGCAUGUGGCGCGGACCUGGGGAUCAACUACCGGGCCCUGAAUGAUCUCUUCGAGAUAUCCUGCUCCAGGAGCGAUGCGAUCAAGUACGAGGUUCGGGUUCAGAUGGUUGAGAUCUACAACGAUCAAGUGCGGGAUCUUCUCGGGGACGAUUCGUCGUCGACGGCAAAAUAUCCUUCGAUGAUGAAUUUAUAAGUUUUUGUUUGCGUGUUCCUCUGGAUUGUUGUGUUCUUGACGGUGAACAAGAUAGAGAUCCGGAGUUGUUCUGGUAAUGGCGGAUUGAGUCUUCCAGAUGCAGCUCUCCACGCUGUGAAAUAUCCCGAGGACGUUCGGAGACUGAUGAGAUUAGGAGAGAGCAACAGGGUUCUGUGCUCGACUGCAAUUAACCAGAGAAGCAGUCGUUCCCACAGGUUCGUAGGCCGGAUCGGAGAAGAAGCUCUUGCCGGAGGUUUUUUGCCGGGAAUAUCAGUCGAAUCCCUCUGGUUUUGCAGUGUUCUUACGGUUCACGUCCACGGCGAGGAGAUCUCCGGGGGGGCGAUCUAUGGCCGCCUGCAUCUGGUCGACCUCGCCGGAAGCGAGAGGGUGGACAAGUCGGAGGUCACCGGCGAACGGCUGAAGGAGGCGCAGCACAUCAACAGGUCCCUCUCCUGCCUGGGGGACGUGAUGGCGGCGCUGGGGCAGAAGAACUCCCACGUUCCGUACCGAAACUGCAAGCUCACGCAGCUGCUCCAGGAUUCAUUAGGUUGCUGCUUAGGGCAGAGGGUCUUUUUGGCUGUUUGAGGAAGCAAACAAGAUGCAGAUCUUCCACCCUUACUCCUUCCGAAUCUCCAUCUCCAGGCGGGCAGGCGAAGACCUUGAUGUUCGCGCACGUCAGCCCGGAGGCCGAUUCCUACGAGGAGACAAUCAGCACGCUGAGAUUUGCGCAGAGAGUUUCCAGAGUCGAGCUCGGCUCCGCUACGCGGAACAGAGAGAGCAACGAGGUGCGGAAGCUCAGAGAGCAGGUAGGAUCGAUCGGCUUCUUCCCCUCCGCCAUUGCUUCUCUCCGCAGGUCCGGUCGAUUCCGAUGCAAUCGUCUGCAAAUGACUCCCCACCGUGCAGGUGGAGGAUCUGAAGAAGGCGAUGGCGGCCGGCAGGAGGGGAGAUGUGCAGAGAUCCGAGGCCACCACCCCCCCAUGCGCGGGGCAGAUGAGCUCGGGGAAUCGGCAAGCUGCAGAUGAAACCCCGAAUCUUGCGUCGAAAUCUCUCACUAAGCAGACACCGCUUCGUUCUCGGAGGCUCAGCCUGGAAGGCGGGGUGAGCCAUGGCAGGAAUCCCCUGCCGCAGGCCAGAGUUUCAGAGGUUAGUUCGAAUUUCCGUCGUCUUGGUCUUCGUGCUGAAAAUCUUCUCGCUUACGGAGAGCCUAAGCUGACUUUCUUACUGCAGAUCCGUUCGAGCAUCCCGGGUCCACCGUCGGAGGAGGGUCAACGCCCCCUUCCCGAAGAAGUCUGUUUCUCGUCUCAGAGUCGAAUCCCAAGACUGGAGAACGGAUCCAGAUCGACGCUGCAAGCGAGGACGCCCGAGUUCUCCAGAAAUAUGGCGGCGGAGACACUGGAGGCCGACGGCGGCCUCUCCUGGGGCCAGCCGCGCUCCCGCGUCAAGGACGUGGGCUCCAGAGGAUCGCAGAUAAGGAAAUCGCUUCAGACCUUUGGGAGGCUGAUCAAUGGCGACAACAGAAGGUACGACGACCGCGUUUGACAAUGGGCCCAUCAGAACUUGCAGGUCCCCUCGCUCGAUCGCGUUUGACCGUCACCUUCUCCGCAGGAACCACCACCAGAACCCGCCGGAGAAGCCAUCACCUGUCUCGCGGCGGCAGUCGCUAGUCAGCCUUCCGACCCCGGGUGCCCGCGCGUCUCGGAGAUCUUCCCUCGGGGGAAAUCCAGUGCCGGCGGAGACCAGUGAGUUCGUAGGUUUUCCCGUCAUGACCUGCGCGGCCGCUCCUGUUCCUGACGCGGACGUUCUGUGUGGUGGCAGAUUCUUGCGGGGAUCUCAGCGCCGCGGGGAAGAAGACGACUCUCUCCUCGGUCCAUCCAUCUUCCAGGUUGACUGCGAAUCGAUGGCUGUGAUCGACUCGCUGCAGGCACUCCGCCGUCGGAUCGCGCCCCUUCUCCCACCUGAAGCCACGUGCCAAGUGGCGUAAAAUGUCGCGCGCAACAACUUUACUUUGGCUCAAUAAUAAAAGGCCUACGUCAUUAAUAUCCCCGUUUAAUGGUUAGAGAAAUUAGGGGAGAUUAUGUAGUAUGCUGGCCACGUGCCGGUCGAUAUACCGGCUCAGAGGAGGCAGGUGGGAUGAAUGGACGGGCGCCCAUGCAAAGAGUGAGCCAGGUUGUCGUCCGCAGAGAAAGCGCGUGACCGGCGUUCUUUCCGAGAAGGAGUAAACGCAGAAUUCGAAUCUCUUCUGCGAUAAAUGGAAUGUGGCGAAGUUAAUUCUAGACGGCUCCAUCACUUUCUCUCUCUGUCCCUAUAAUCGACCAGGGCGUCGUGUUCAGCCCCACCCUAUUUCAGCUCCCGCUCCCUAUUUCCCGCUCCGUCGCCGCUGACGACGACGUAUCCGACGGAUGCUGAGGCGGCCGGCCCCCGCUCGGAGUGCUCCAUCCUAGAGGUGGCUUGUGGUUGAUUUCCAGAUCUCGGUUCCAAUUUUUCCGGGAGGAGCAAGCCGGCGGCAAUCUGUGGGUCGUUGUCUUUGUCACCCGCCGGACAGCUGA